CCCCGGUGUGCGGAGUACUCCGUACAUGACCGAUUUAUUCGCGAAGCACGCCGAUGGACGAAGACUCAUCACUUUCUACUACCGUUAUUAGAAACCAAUGAUUCGUCUCCCACAAAACCCAGUACCAACCGAUCCUCCUCUGCUUAUCUUUUAUCCUCUUCCUCAUUGAAUCCUCCAAACCAUGCCAGGCCCAUCAUCCGAAACCAGAACUUUUCUCACAACGCUCCUCUCCAACAACAACGAUAUCAACACCCUCGCCUGGACAACAACCCUCAGCACCACAAUAUCAACCGCUAUAGUCUGGUUCUUUGCGAAAUGGAUCCAUCCGAUAUCUAGCGUUAUCUUGGCGAUUUGGUUGCUGGCGCAUUAUGUGUUGGAUUUGGUGGGUAUUUAUUUUGCUGUUGCUGGGAUAGGUGGGCAUGGGGAUAGGGAUGUGGCCAGUGGGCUUGGAGGGGGUGGGUGUUGUGAUAGAGGUUGUUUGUUUUCUGGGUGGGUUGGGGGUUGUUAUUGGAGGAGGGGUGGGAUGGGAUGAGUGGCUCACGCUUGAUGUAGGUUAGAUGUGUGUUCUUAGUGUAUGCUUCAGGGCUGCGUGUUAUUCAGCAAAUACACCCUUCCCUGCACGCCAACUACCUGAACCUCAGUCCCUGCAAACCUCUCUUCAUCUCCUUCUAAACCAGCAUUCUCCCUCUC